CAUCUCAUUUUUUUGCGUUACUUUCAAUCGAGACUCAGCAGUCGAAAGUUGUUUGGGCACUUGCAAGCUAAAAUCAAUGAAUACAUGAAAUUAAAUAGGAGAUGAAUUUUAGUGAUUAAUAUCAGCUUUUCAAAGGGAUUAGAUUUAUAGAUAUUACUUCGAUUCCAUAACUUAUAAUAUCGUUUGCAUUUAGGGAAAAUUAUCAACAGAAUAAAAAUCAACUUAUUUAUUAACAGCGGAAGAUUGACAGCUGUUUAUUAAAAUGGAGAGUCAAGAGGAAAUGAAUACACGUUAUGCAGACAAACUGCUACCAUUGACAGUUCUGUUUGGAUUUUUUUCUUUCGUAGGCGUGGUCGGUAAUAUAAUUGUGUUACUAGUGUUCGGGCCUGGCAGUGCAUACAGACGCAACAAUUUCCGGGUAUUUGUCGUCUGCUUGGCGAUUAUAGAUCUUCUUACAAGUGCUUUUUUGAUACCAGCUGAAAUGUUCAAACAUCGGAACUAUUUUUCGUUUGGUGAUUUGGCCAUUUGCAAAGUGAAGUGCCUUUUUAAUGUUUGGGCUGGUUGUGCCGCAGCCUUGACCUUGUUGAUCAUAUCCAUAGACAGGUACAAGAAAGUGUGCAAACCGUUCCGUACACAGAUCUCUCCCGGAUGUGCAUUGAAGCUUUGCGUAUUUCUGGCAUUUUUUCUGUCAGUUAUACUUUCCGUUCCAGGCGCAGUCAUGUGUGGGAUCAAUGAAACAAAUAUGACCAAUAUCCAUGGAAACUUGACAACUGUUUUCAUGUGCGAGACUGAAGAAAAAUUUAAAAACCAUAUUUUCAGAAAGAUAUACAAAUUUGCUUUCAUCCUUCUGCUGCUUGGCGUGUCCGGAGCAUGCGUCGUUAUGUAUAUCUUGAUUGGUCGACAAAUUGCCAAACAUUGGGGAUCAGUACCAGUUAAUUUCAGGAAAGAUUCAGACAGAUUAAACUCUGAUUUCUCUUCGGAAACAUUUGGUAAAAUCCAGUCAUCUAAUAAUAAAAAAUCAGUCGAAACCUUGUCAAGCGUCGCCGAUGACCCUGAUCAGAUUUAUCCAUCUCUCAAUCCAAUGGAAGAAAGCAGAUCUUCAGUAGUAAAAGCUAACGGAAAUGUCGAAAUGAAUCAACAAUCGUCACAGAAAAGACUUAUCAAACAACAAAGUACAACAAGUACUUCCAGCGGCGGAAACAGGAAAGGUGACACCGCGCAGGCGAGAAGGAAAACCAUGACCCGUCAAGGGUCUGGAUUCGGGCUACGUCGGUUUCCGUAUAAAACUUUGAUAUGGUUCAUACUAACCAUUGUAUUCAUCGUGACAUACAUUGUUUACCUAGCCUUGGCUACACAAGUUCCAAAGAUUCCAACAAUGACGGCAUCAUCAUUUGCUCUUUUUCAAUCAUUCUACAGGAUUUAUUUCAUUAACAAUAUAAUCAAUCCAAUAGUUUAUGUCGUUCUUGACAAGAAUUUUCGUACGGCUCUGGGAAAGGUUAAGGACAAAAUGACAUCCUGCUUUCAUAGAUAAACAAAUGCGAUCAAAUAGGGAAAAAAACAUACUGACGUUUCUAACUUGAACGUUUUGAAAGUAUAUGUUUACUGUAUUCUUUGAAAAAAUUCAAUUCGUAUUGAUGUAGUGUGCUUAAAUUAUGUCCAACAAUUUUAUUUUUAGGUGUCCAGUAUAAAGAAUUGUUGUACAAUAUAUGCUUAUAGUAAAGGUGUGCAAUGUAUAGUACAGGUGUGAAAUGUAAUGUGUAUGUGCGCGCUGUAAAGUAAUGGUGUGCAGUGUAAAUAAGGUUUGAAUGUUAAGUAUAGGUGUGCAUUGUGCAUCAUGUGUGCAAUGUAAAUAAAAGGUGUAAUAUAAAGUAUAAGUGUGCAGUGUAAAUAAGGUGUGACUGUUAAGUAUAGGUGUGCAGUGUAUAUUUGGUGUGACUUUAAAGUAUUGGUGUGCAGUGUACAUCAUGUGUGCAAUGUAAAUAAAGUGUUUAAUAUAAAAUAGACAUGUGUGCAAUAUAUAGUAAAUGUAUAUGUGUUUACUUUAUUGUAGGUGAGCAAUGCAAAAGGUGUACAAUGUAAAAUAGGUAUUCUAUAUAAAGAAUAUGUGUGCAGUGUAAAACAAAUAUGCAAUUAAAGUUUGGUGUGCAGUGUAAAGAAAAGGUGUGCAACGUUUAGUUUAAAUCCGUUUCUAUUCUGGUCAAUAUAAAAAAUCUUUGUUCCCCUCCCACUAUAAGGAAAGCUUCAUGCCUCCCGCGACCCAUUCCAAUUUUGCAAUAUACGAUAUAUAUUUUUUUGAGCAUAAUAUUUAUGCCUGAAUUACAAAAGCUAUGUUUUCAUGAAAAUGACAGUUAUAAAAGUUGUGUCAAUAUUAAAACAAGUUCUGUUAUUUCAUUUUGAUAGUUUGUUUUUGCAAUAUGGUUUAAAAAAAAACACGGUAUAUAAAUAUAUAUAAUUUCGUGUAUUUUAUUAGUAUAUGAUCUCUGUUAUAUACAUAGAAAUUUUAACUUUCUUAUAAGUAAUCGGAAGCCUCUUAAAAUUGUUUAUACAAGACAAAUGACAUAUAACUGUAAAAUCAGAAUAUUUCGCGACGGAUUGAAUUUAGCUUAAAUCGAACGAGAAAUAGUUUCGCCACUAUAUAUCUCGGCUCUACAUUAAUAAAACUUAGCCGAGAGUAGAUAUUUGCAAAUAUUUAACCUCACGAUUUAGUACGAAUUAUGUAUUGAUUAUGCGAAAUUUUCACUUAGCGAAAAUAUCUUAUUUUACAUAAAAUAAGGUCUGUAUAUCAAACAAAAGGUAAUUUGUUCGUUUUUUUUAAAUAAACACUGAACAACAACAACAACGGCCCCAUAAGGAACAAUAAAGUAGUAUGUUUUAACAUGCCUAAGAGCAGCUGUUUUUCGAAAAUGUGUUGCUUUUCUUUCAAACCCGGCGAACAAAAUGAGGCAAAUUUUCAUGAGCGUCAAUUUAGUAGGUAGUUGGAAGUUGGAUAUUCGAAUAACCAAUUACCUACUAGCUGAUAGUUUGCAACUAUUUAACAGGUGGUAGUUGGUAAUUCAAUCCACUAUCACCAGCAUGAAAUGUUAGAACACCACAUAUACACAGGAAUCCCCAACUAACUACCAGAAGUUCGAAUUACCUUGGGUUUUCACACGAAUAACGAGUGCCCUGGUCGACGUAGAGAGACGGGGUGAUACCUUUUAUCUUGUAAUAUAUCGUUAUUAUUAUUCUGAAAAAAAACUUUGCAUCAAAUGUACUUAGAUUUUAAGAAAAAAAAAAUCUCGAGACUAAAGCAAUAAGGCCUUUUUGCAUAUUUUUACAAUUAUUUGGUAAUUUAUGCGAAUUGAAAGUGUUGUUUGCAAUAUGUUAACUACUUUCUUUGCUCACUUGAAAAUAUUAAACCUUUAAAAAUUAG